UAAGAGAGAUCGAUAUGGAAAUGAUGAUGGUUACCGAUGAACAAUACCUAGGGUUAGGCAGACGCCGAAGGUGUUCCAUUGACGGUGAGAACGUCCAAGUCCAAGUCGAAGUCGUAAGGUGUGUCAAAAGAAGGCGAAGAGAUCCAGCAGCAUUGAUCGAUAUCGUCAACCAAGACGGUCAUCAGCGACAAUGUGAUCAAGGCAACGCCGCAGCUAGUGCCGCCACUGUGAAAAGAAGUUCAAGGUUUCGUGGAGUCAGUAGGCAUCGAUGGACUGGUCGAUAUGAAGCCCAUUUGUGGGAUAAGCUCUCUUGGAAUGUUACACAGAAGAAGAAAGGCAAACAAGUUUAUCUUGGAGCUUAUGAUGAUGAAGAAGCUGCUGCAAGAGCUUAUGAUUUAGCUGCACUUAAGUAUUGGGGGACUUCCACUUUCACCAAUUUUCCUUUACCAGGUUAUGAAAAGGAGAUUGAAAUAAUGCAAACCCUCACAAAAGAGGAGUACUUGGCCUCUUUAAGAAGAAAGAGCAGUGGGUUUUCAAGAGGUGUAUCCAAGUACAGGGGAGUAGCAAGGCACCACAACAAUGGAAGAUGGGAAGCAAGAAUAGGGAGAGUCUUUGGAAACAAAUAUCUCUACCUUGGCACUUACAGCACUCAAGAAGAGGCUGCUCGAGCUUACGACAUUGCAGCAAUUGAAUAUAGAGGGAUGAAUGCAGUGACCAAUUUUGAUUUAAGUAAUUACAUCAGAUGGUUAAAGCCUAAUGAAUCACUGCCAAUGGCGGCAGAGCCUGAGGCGGCAAUGUUACCAAGGCAAUGCAGUACCCCAAGAGAGGAAUAUAAGCCCUCCUUCAACCACUUGUUUGCUGCUGAUUACUUGAACUCUUCAUCAAAUAAAGAAUUUCUUGAAAGCAGCAAGAUCCAUGUGAUGAACUCAAACAAGUGCUCAUCAACUACUGCGCUGGGUUUGCUCCUUCGAUCUUCCUUGUUUCGAGAACUGGUUGAAAAGAAUGUUGCAAAAGUGGCUGAAGCUGAAAACGGUAGUACAGAUGAAGAUGAUGAACCCAAGAACAAAGAAUUAGCAGGCACUGAUGAUGAGCUUUAUAGGCUGUUUUAUGAUGGAAUUGCUACUGAAUUGCAAGAAAGACAAUCCUCUUUCAUUUUAUGA